GACUAAAGCCAUUCUGGCCAUGCAUCAGACUUGAAGCAACGACAUCUCAGGCAUACCAGGCCGUUGCUCACAAUGGAGGGGCCUGAGAGAGAGACAAGAACGUAUCGCGUCGCGUCGCCCAUCAGAUUCGGCUGCUCAUGAUGCAGAUCUGCGGGCUGCAUAGCAUUCAACUCGCCUUGCGCAGAUGCCACCGAGUACAUGCACUAUUAUUACACUGCCCGGAGAUGAAGACGCCAGGCCGUAAGUCAAGCCGCGCGGCCAUCAGUCAACAAUUGAUCAAGGAGCAUUUGAACUUCGAGGGAUUGAAAAGCGAUUUCUUCAUCCUUUGCUGAGCAAUCUCCAAGGAUGCGGCACAACGUCACUUCUCUCGAAAUCAAUUGCUGGUCAUAAAUGCUUUGAACGUUGCAAUGAUUUUACUUGGGAAGUGGUCGAGCAAAUGCCCUCGUCAACACGGAAACUGUUGAAGGAAAGAGAGCAUCUCCAGCUCGUGGAGAAAUGUUUCCGAUUGCAUACUCCAACCUGUUACCAGACAACUGCAGCUCGUACGAAAAGCUUCACCAAGAGAUGUGCCACGGCCUUGAUUUCAUUUGAUGCUU